GUCAGAUUCCAGGAUGAACCACUUCCCUAAAAGGAAGGUGAUCAUCAUUUCCACGGUUCCCCUACGGAUGGGGUCUUAGAGUUUGCAGCCCACUAUAUCAGUCCACGAAUCAUGCUCUUGUACUUGUCACAGGGCUUUGACUCGCAAACACAGCCUGGGGACGAUCAGCCGCAUCCCAGGCGACAUACAAGUAAGCGGACAUCGAUUUUGUAUAUUUUCCGAAGUUUCAAUGAUCUUCACACACGACGAGGAGCUUGAAAACUUCAGGUAUCUUACCAAACGAAAACACAGUAGCAUUCCUCACUGCCCACUACCGAUGCCGAGUCAUAAGGAGUCAGUACUCCAAAUACGCAUACUAUUGAACUUGGCAAAGUAAGGAUGUCCACGUUGGCAAUCGAACUGGGACUAUUUAUUGUGCAAUGACGCCCCGAUUGGAGAUAAAGUUCAGCCUUUGGUUUGGCGGUAUCCUUCGCUGAGCUGCUCUUUCUACCCUUCUCACAACAUGGGUCUCUUUCGCGGCGGGAUGGCUCUACCAGCCUUUCUGCUCUACUACAUUGUCUCUGUUGUGUACGGCUACGCUGCCAGCGUCAAUGGCACAGGCAAAAACACAGUGUCCUUCCAGGUGACGCUGACAUGGGCGGACUCGCAACCGGCCGGUAUUCCUCGAAAGAUGAUUCUUGCCAACGGCCAGUCCCCUGCCCCACCGUUUCAGCUGAAGCAGGGCGAUAAUGUCGAGUUUCUGGUCACUAACGAGAUGCCGUUCUCUACUACCGUUCACUUUCACGGCAUUGAGCAAUGGGAAACUCCCUGGUCUGACGGUGUGCCUGGUCUCUCGCAAAAGCCAAUCGCGCCUGGUGACUCGUUUUUAUAUAAAUGGAAGGCAACAAACUACGGAAGCUACUUGUACCAUGCACAUAAGCGUGGCCAGCAGGGGGAUGGCUUGUAUGGCGCAAUUCAUAUUCUGCCUGAUGAUUCUAUCGAAAAGCCCUUUAUGUUAAUCGCUAAAGAUGAUGCGGAUUUUGAAGCCAUGAAAAGAGCUGAAAGCAAUUCAUCGACCAUUAUGCUCUCGGAUGUGCGUCAACUGACCUCGGAGCAACUAUGGCAAGCGGAAAUUGACGGGGGCCGCGAUGCGUUUUGUGCGAAUGCAUUGCUUGUCAACGGCAAGGGAUCUGUGACCUGUCUUGGACAGCAGACUAUAGACGAGUUCACGACGGACGCCCAGAAGAUGGUGUUGGGCAACCAGAGCUUAACUGAUAUAGGGUGCCUUCCUCCAACGAAUGAGGUAGCGCAGGGUAACCACUCUCACAAUAUCAGCGCCAUUCCUCCAUCGGUCUUUGCUGGGUGCACCCCAUCCUAUGGCUUAACAGAGCGGCUCUACCCAAACGCCGCAGAGCCCUACGUCAGCUACGAUCUAGUCAGCGCCGCAAUCGUGUCGGCACUCUCGUUCUCCAUUGACGAACAUCCUCUGUACGUCUAUGCGAUUGACGGACAUUAUAUUGAACCAACCGUGGUAGACACAAUUGCCAUCAACAAUGGAGCUCGCUACUCUGUGCUGGUCAAGCUGGACAAACCAGCAGGCGACUAUACCAUUCGCGUGGCGAACAAUGGUGUCAACCAGAUCCUCAACGGAACUGCUCUAAUGACAUAUCACAACGGUGCUGGGAAGCAGCAAAAACCCUCCGAGCCGUCAAUCAGCAUUGUCGGCACACCCACAUCACCUGAUGUUAGGGUGCUCAACGAGUCGAACAUUAUUCCAUUCCCCUCUCGGGACGUAUCCCAGGUACAAGUCGCUCAGACACACGUUUUAAGCAUUCAGCGUUACGGGGAGUCGUAUCUCUGGACCUUGGGCAACUCUAGCUUUCCACUAUCCCUAGAAGACGCGGAGCCGUUGCUCUUCUACCCUACGACGGGGAAGGAGGAACUCAUAAUCAGUACCAACAACGGCACCUGGGUCGACUUGAUCUUUGACGUGGGCGGGGGCCUCCAUCCUCCUCACCCUAUCCACAAGCACUCUAACAAGUUCUUCGUGAUUGGACAGGGCGAGGGUCAAUGGAACUACACCUCUGUGGCCGAAGCAACGAAGAUUAUGCCCGGAAGCUUCAACAUGAAGAAUCCUCAAAUCCGGGAUACCUUUAUCACUCCUCCAGCCGCAGCUGGAUCGACGUGGCUGGCACUAAGAUACCAUGUCGUUAACCCUGGAGCGUUCCUCCUCCAUUGCCAUAUUCAAAUUCAUCACAGCGGUGGUAUGGCUCUGGCCUUGCUGGACGGAAUCGACCAGUGGCCUGAGGUUCCGGAAGAGUACCAGCAUUAUUUGCACAAUGAUAUGCGCGGAGUGGGCGAGCCAAAGCCGCAGCAAGCGUAACAAGCAAUACAAUAGAUUACCGCGCUUUACCUACUACUAUGCAAUGUUUUAGCCCAUGUAGUUGGCUUGAGUACCUACACUGCACCGUGUUUGACGCCACUGUGUGGCGGCCCUCCCUAAAGCUGAGGCGGUCCGCGGACGGCACCGAUCCCCUUAGGUU